ACCGCGCGCACGCCGGGGGGCGGGAGCUGCACGCACCGAGCUUCUAGCCAAUCCCUGAGCAGCCCGCGGGACCCCCGGCAAGGAAGCUCGGGUGGUGCCGGUGCGCGAGCGCGGGAGUUAGCGGUGCAGCCAUGGUGGGACACUUGAGCGAGGGGGCCAUUGCGGCCAUAAUGCAACAAGGAGAUACAUCCAUAAAGCCCGUCCUUCAAGUCAUUAACAUCCGUCCCAUUACUACAGGGAAUAGUCCACCCCGGUAUCGGCUGCUCAUGAGUGAUGGGCUGAACACGCUCUCCUCGUUCAUGUUGGCCACACAGCUGAACCCUCUUGUUGAAGGGGAGCGGCUGGCCAGCAAUUGUGUUUGCCAGGUCAACCGAUUCAUCGUCAACACCCUGAAAGAUGGCAGGAGAGUAGUUAUUUUGAUGGACUUGGAAGUUGUGAAAUCAGCUGAAGCAGUUGGAGUAAAGCUUGGGAACCCAGUGCCCUAUAAUGAAGGACAUGGGCAGCAGCCAGCGGUCCCUUGUGCAGCCUCCACAGCUGCAGCACCAGCUAGCAAGCCCCAGCCACAGAACGGGGGCUUGGGAACGGGUUCCACUGUGCCUAAGACUUAUGGUGCCUCAAAGCCAUUUGCAAAGCCUGCUGGCGCUGGCCUGCUACAGCCUUCAGGCGGAACACAGUCCAAAGUGGUGCCCAUUGCCAGCCUAACCCCUUACCAGUCCAAGUGGACUAUUUGUGCCCGUGUCACCAACAAAAGUCAGAUCCGUACCUGGAGCAACACCCGAGGGGAGGGGAAGCUUUUCUCUAUAGAACUUGUAGACGAAAGUGGUGAAAUCAGAGCUACUGCUUUCAAUGAGCAGGUGGACAAAUUCUUCCCCCUCAUUCAAGUGAACAAGGUGUAUUAUUUCUCAAAAGGCACUCUGAAGAUCGCAAACAAACAGUUCUCAGCUGUGAAAAAUGACUAUGAGAUGACCUUCAAUAAUGAGACGUCUGUCCUUCCCUGUGAAGAUGGACAUCAUUUACCCACAGUGCAGUUCGACUUCACGGGGAUCAGUGACCUAGAGAGCAAGUCCAAAGACUCCCUUGUAGACAUAAUUGGGAUCUGCAAGAGCUAUGAAGAUUCCACUAAAAUCACAGUGAAGUCUAACAACAGAGAAGUCUCUAAGAGAAAUAUCUAUUUGAUGGACAUGUCAGGGAAAAUGGUGACUGCAACUCUGUGGGGAGAAGAUGCCGACAAGUUUGAUGGUUCUAGGCAGCCUGUGAUGGCCAUCAAGGGAGCUCGCGUUUCUGACUUUGGUGGGCGGAGCCUCUCUGUCCUGUCGUCUAGCACUCUCAUUGUGAAUCCUGACAUCCCAGAGGCCUAUAAGCUCCGUGGAUGGUUCGACUCAGAAGGACAAGCCUUAGAUGGUAUUUCCAUCUCUGACCUCAGAACUGGAGGAGCCACAGGGGGCAACACCAACUGGAAAACUCUGUAUGAAGCUAAGUCGGAGAACUUGGGCCACGGCGACAAGGCGGACUACUUCAGCACCGUGGCGACGGUGGUGUUUCUUCGCAAAGAGAACUGUAUGUACCAGGCCUGCCCAACCCAGGACUGCAAUAAGAAAGUGAUUGACCAGCAGAAUGGGUUGUACCGCUGUGAGAAGUGUGACCGGGAAUUUCCCAGUUUCAAAUACCGCAUGAUCUUGUCGGUAAACAUUGCAGACUUCCAAGAGAAUCAGUGGGUGACGUGCUUCCAGGAGUCUGCGGAGGCUAUCCUUGGACAGAACACCGCGUACCUUGGGGAACUGAAAGAAAAGAAUGAGCAGGCCUUUGAGGAGGUUUUCCAGAAUGCCAACUUUCGAUCUUUUAUGUUCAGAAUCAGAGUCAAGCUGGAGACCUUCAACGAUGAAUCUCGAAUUAAGGCGACCGUGAUGGACGUGAAGCCGGUGGACUACAGAGACUACAGCAGAAGGCUGAUCACGAACAUCAAGAAGAACAUCUGAUGGGAGCAGCCAGCACUGAUGGCUGGA